UUUUGUUUUUAUUUUUUGAACACGUCUUCGAAUUAAGGUAGCUUGAUGUCGACACCACACGCCCAUAUGUGUUGGUAUUACAAGCUGGGAUGGAAUAUAUGAGGACAUCCCUUCAAUGGGCUCGCAUUGGGUCGAUUGCAUUGUUUGUAUUCCUUUUCUCGGUCCACGUGUUCGCAUACGAAGAAUUGUCCGAUGAUGCGCUUCGUAAUAUUCCUAGUGCUAUCGCCGAUUUCGAUAUUAAGACCGGUUCGUUGCUGUCGCCUAUCCUGAUACCGAGGGUACCUGGUACACCUGGGUCGACUGCUGCGCAGCAUCAUUUUGUCGAUUUCUUCGCGCGACAACUACCGAAGUGGAAGAUUGAAUGGCAUAAUUCGACGUCGAAGACCCCUGCAACGGGCGAUACGGACAUUCCCUUUAAGAACCUCAUAUUUACGCGCGAUCCGCCAUGGGCUCAGGCUGGCGAUAUCGGGCGAUUGACGCUGGCCGCGCAUUACGAUAGUCUUUAUCGACCAGAGGGGUUCAUUGGAGCGACGGAUAGUGCUGCACCUUGCGCCAUACUGAUGCAGGUGGCGCGUGCAAUAGACGAGGCCCUGACGAAGAAGUGGGAUGCUAUGGAAGCUUCAGGUGAUGCUGGGUUGGGAUUAGAAGAGGAGAAGGGUGUUCAAAUCUUGCUACUAGAUGGGGAGGAAGCUUGGGUUGAGUGGACUGCCACAGACUCCCUCUACGGUUCAAGAGCACUUGCUGAGAGCUGGGACACGGAAUUGCACCCAGCUACUUCAACAUACCGAAACCCCGUGGAUUCAAUCAAUCUCUUCCUGCUUUUGGAUCUGCUGGGAGCGCCAGACCCCAAUAUCCCCUCGUAUUUCCUCCCAACGCACUGGGCCUAUCAAGGCAUGGCCAAGAUCGAAGAAAGACUGAGGAAACUUAGCCUUCUUCAUACAAAACCUAAGAAACCAUUCCUUCCAGAUUCUGAAAAGCAGGCACAGCGAUUUACAAGAGCUUUUGUGUUGGAUGAUCAUAUUCCCUUCAUGGAUCGAGGUGUCAAUGUCCUUCAUAUCAUUGCUACGCCAUUCCCGGAUGUGUGGCAUAAAAUGGAAGAUGAUGGUGAGCACUUGGAUAUCCCGACUGUGGAUGAUUGGGCCAAGAUCGUUACCGCAUUCGCUGCUGGGUGGAUGGAGUUGAAUCAGUUUAUGAGCCAACCGCCCUCAUCGAAAAAACCCGAGGCGACAAGAGAUAGAUCGGAGCUAUGAUACCAAUUCAGCUUGGGAUGCUUAGCUACCAUGUCUAAAUACCUAGUAGACUAGCAAAUAAAAUUAAGUCCCUAUA